AUGGCCGUGAAGAACGUGCUCCGAAAGGUUGUCGGCUGGAUCGCGCCUGCCCCGAGCAAAUCUGAAGAUGGCAGGGACCAAUGGCCGUCCCGCGCUGCCUUCCUGCUCGCAUCCAUGGGUGGCUGUGCGGGUAUGGGAAAUCUCCUUCGAUAUCCUUCCCAAGUGUACAACAACCACGGUCUUCAGUGGUAUAUACCUUACCUUAUGUGCGUCUUCUUGAUCGCCAUCCCAGUUCUGGUACUGGAAAUCGCCAUUGGUCAGGCCUACCGUGGCGGAUCCGUCGUUGCAUUCAACAGCAUGAACCGUCGUCUCAAGGGCGUCGGCCUCAGUCUCUUGUACGUCGGCUUCGUCGUCGGCCCCUACUUUGUUGUCAUUCUCUCCUGGAUCAUGAACUACUUUCGAAACUCGUUCAUUAGCCCUCUUCCAUGGACUGGACGUGGAGAGGAGUUCUACAAUCAGGACGUUGUCGCCAACAUCGAGCCCAUUCCCGGUAGCCUGACGGAAGACGGGUCCAGAGUCCUCAGUUACACCAAGUACCCCGGCGUUGCCUUGGUUGGCGAAACUGUUGGCUGGACCGCCUUCACCUGGUUCCUCGUCUGGUUGUGCAUCUUUCGAGGUGUCGGUUUGACCGGCCGUGUUGUCUACUUCACCAUGGGCCUCCCCAUCGUCAUGACUUUUGUCCUCAUUGGACGUGCCGUGUCUCUUGAAAAUGCCGGUGCCGGCAUAAAACUCUACUUUGCGCAGUGGAACGGCGAGAAGCUCGCCAAUGGACAGAUCUGGCAGACCGCCUGCGGCCAGGUUUUCUUCUCCACCGGCGUCGGGUUCGGUUAUUUUACCUCUUACGCCUCCUACAACACUAAGCACUCUAAUGCGGUAAUGGACUCCAUCCUCAUCGUCACUAGCAACGUCCUCUUCGAGAACAUCGCUGCCUUUGCUGUUUUUGGUGUCGUUGGUUUCCUCCGUCUUUUCCCCGAGGACGGCACGCGCCUCGGCAGCUUCACUGUGGGAUUCUUGACCCUUCCCCUUGCCAUCACGGAAAUGCCCGGUGCCAACUUUUGGGCCUUUGCCUUAUUCUUUACCCUCAUGGUUUUGGGCUACAGUUCUGCCUUUGCCAUGUUGGAUGCCGUCGUCACCCUCGUCAUGGACACCGGUAUCAAGUGGCCGCGUGCCGUCGUUGUCACCGUCCUCACCGUCAUCUCUUUCCUCCUGUCUCUCCCUUACUGCACUCAGUUUGGCUACUACCUGCUUGAUGGCAUUGACAGGUGGAUCAACGAUGUUGCACUUGUCUUCGUCGUCUUUUCCGAGUGUGUCAGCUCCACCACCGUCUACCGAUGGAAGGACGUCGUCGGCCAGGUGGGCCGCCCUGCUUUCAUUGUGUACAAUGCUGGUUACUUCGGCGGCAUGGUUCUUGGCGUUGUUCUUGCCCACACCGUGAGCCCCCUGCUGGUGCUGGAGUCGGCUUUGGACUUUUGUCGCCGGACUCGUUAUUUCCACCGUCAUCGCCAAGACCCCGACGCCGAAACCCCGAAUUUGUUCAAGCGCAACGUUUACCUUCGCCGAAUCUAUUACACUGCCUUUUACUCUCCCCUCCUCCGAUACAUCGCUGGCCCCAUUCUCGCCAUCGUGUUUGGCUUCUCGUAUCCCGCAUUUUAUAAGCUUCGAUACGACCCUCUCCACAUUCUUGGAUUCGCCGUGGGCCAUAUUGCCCUCAUAAUCGUUGCCUUCGGCUUCAUCGUCCCCGCUGGUACGAUGUUCUUAUCCCCCUCGUCGUGGAGAAGGCAAGAUCCCAUACGCUCCCGGAGUCUUGUUCGAGUCCGUGGUUUCUUCCAGCAACAGCGACGUGGAUGGGAUGGAAAGUGGAGAUAG